CCUCCGUGCUGCUGAUCCGCGGGGUCUCGGUGCGCUCAGACGCGCUCGGCGUUCAGACUCGUAAGGACCCCGAUGGCCCCCAACCACAGGGACUGCGCUAACCAGACGACCAUCCCCGGCUUCCAGCUCCCCUAGCGAAGGCAGGACCCCGAGAGCCUGCUCCUGGAAUACCGCAUUGUUUUAUAAUUUCCAACAAGAGAGAGGAAGGUGAUGAUGCUGAUGAUGCGCCCGCGAUGGUGGAUUUCCCUUUUGUGCGUCUGUGGAUUGAUGCACGUCGGUCACCAGAGCAGCCUUAAUGCCCAAAAUGGAGACGCCUUGUCGAGCUUGAAGGCUCUUCGUGAUGCGGGCAGGUUUGUCGGGAAGGAGGACACGGUGCCUCUCCGCCUGCUCUACAGCAGACACAACCACAGCCAGAUCACAGAGGAUGAGCUCAGCACCAGGGUGAAAGCCAGCGCCGGCUCCACACAGGUGAACCAUGUGGCCCAAGCAAGCUUUCAAGUCGAUGCUUUUGGCAGAAAAUUCAUCUUGGAUGUGGAACUGAAUCAUGAUCUGCUGUCUUCGGGGUACGUGGAGAGGCAUUUGUCAGAAAAAGGGAAGAGCGUCGUCACCAGCGGCGGAGAGCACUGCUACUAUCAGGGGAAGGUCAGAGACAUCCCUCACUCCUUCGUGGCUGUCUCAACCUGCCAUGGUUUGCACGGGAUGUUUUUCGAUGGCAAUCACACCUACAUGAUUGAACCCGGAGGACAGGGCGGCAGCAAUGGAGAUGUCGGCAUUCACAUGAUAUAUAAAUCUGCAGGGCACGAGGGGUUAAAUGAUCUCCUCGAUGGUGAUCUUCCAGAGCCACCGUUUCCCAGCCCUCCAUUUCCCGGGUCCAAAGUUGUUCACAGGAGAAAAAAGAGACAGGCUCCACGUGCGUCACACAGUGUAGAGGAUGAGACCAAAUACAUUGAGUUGAUGGUGAUCAAUGACCAUUUAAUGUACAAGAAGCAUCGGCUUUCCGUGGGGCACACGAAUAACUAUGCUAAGUCAGUGGUCAAUAUGGCUGACAUGAUUUUCAAGGAACAGCUCAAUACCCGGAUUGUGCUGGUCGCCAUGGAAACGUGGUCAGCCGACAACAAGUUCAACAUCGACGACGACCCCAUGGUGACGCUGAGGGAGUUCAUGAAGUACAGGAAAGACUUCAUCAAGGAGAAAUGCGACUCCGUUCACCUCUUCUCAGGGAAUCGUUUCCACAGCAGCUGGGGAGGAGCGUCCUAUAUGGGAGGAGUUUGCUCCUUGACUAAAGGAGGGGGAGUCAAUGAGUACGGGAAAACAGAUGAGAUGGCCAUAACCCUCGCUCAGUCUCUUGGACAGAACAUUGGCAUCUUCUCUGACAAGAAGAGGAUCCUCAAUGGCGAGUGCAAGUGUGACGAUCGUUGGUCGGGCUGUAUCAUGGAUGAUGUUGGUUUCUACCUGCCCAAGAGGUUCUCUGACUGCAACAUGGAGGAGUACCAUAACUUUCUGAACAGCGGAGGAGGAGCCUGUCUGUUCAACAAACCUCUGAAGCUGUUGGACCCUCCGGUGUGUGGAAAUGGGUUUGUGGAGCCAGGAGAGGAGUGUGACUGUGGCAGCCCGGCGGAGUGUGCCAAAGAGGGGGAGGCCUGCUGUAACAAGUGCACCCUGACCCAAGGCUCCAAGUGUAGCAACGGACUCUGCUGCAAGAGCUGCCAGAUGGAGUUCAUGGGAGUUGUGUGCAGAGAUGCAGUGAACGACUGCGACAUCCCAGAAAACUGCACAGGCAACUCCAGCCAGUGUCCACCAAAUGUGCACAAGAUGGACGGCUACACAUGUGAAAAGGACCAGGGUCGCUGCUUUAAUGGAAGAUGCAAAACCAAAGACAGACAGUGCAAGUACAUUUGGGGAGAGAAGGCAACAGCGGCCGACAAGUUCUGUUACGAGAAGUUAAACAUCGAAGGGACAGAGAAAGGCAACUGUGGGAAGGACAAGGACACCUGGAUCCAGUGUAACAAACAGGAUGUUCACUGUGGGUACCUGCUGUGCUCCAACAUCUCACCUGCCCCGCGACUGGGAGAGCUGCAGGGAGGGCUGACCUCCUUCUCAGUGGCCCGACACAGUGCUUCUCUUGACUGCAGCGGCGCUCAUGUGCUGAUUGACGGAGACACUGACCUGGGAUACGUCGAGGAUGGGACGGCCUGCGGGACAGACCGCAUCUGUUUCAAUCACAAAUGUCUCCCCGUCCAACAGUUCAACUUCAGCACCUGCCCCGGGACCACCGACAAGAGUGUCUGCUCUGGACAUGGGGUGUGCAGUAGUGAGCUGAAGUGUGUGUGUUACCUGGGCUGGGCAGGAGAGGACUGUAACUCCACAAAUCCUCUCAGUUAUCUCGUGGUCGGACCCACUGCCUCAGUUUCAGGUAUCACCAGUACCAACAUCAUCAUCGGGGCCAUCACAGGCUCCAUCCUCUUCCUCGCCCUCAUACUGGCUGUUACAGCCUGGUGUUACAAGAGCUACAAGCAGAGACGCUAUGUUGAGUCUGAAGUUCAUCGAAGAUUCUGCCGGCAAAUGCCCCCGGGUGACUAUGUAACAAAGCCUGGGGAUGCAGACUCAUUUUACAGUGACAUGCCUCCAGGUGUCAGCACAAACUCGGGCUGCAGCUCCAAGAAGAGGUCAGCCUGCCUGUCGCACCUGCAGAUUUGCACCCUGUCCUUCACUCCUUCCAUCCCAUCCAUUUCUCAGAACAUCUCACUGUUUGGCUUCAGAUCUAAUGGCCUAUCCCACUCAUGGAGCGAGAGAAUCCCAGAUGCCAAACACAUCUCUGACAUCUGUGAAAAUGGGCGACCGAGGAGCAACUCAUGGCAAGGAAAUCUGAGCGGUAAUCGUAAGAAACUGAAAGGAAAGAAGUUCCGCGCUCGCUCCAACUCCACAGAGACACUAUCCCCUGCCAAGUCUCCCACUUCCUCUACUGGAUCUAUUGCAUCCAGCAGGAGAUACCCGUACCCCAUGCCCCCGCUCCCCGAUGACCAGAGGAAAGCAAACAGGCAGAGCGCCAGGCUGUGGGAGACUUCAAUAUAACAGCCUCCUUACCCACUCUGUGAAAGACCUCGAGGAACUACACUUGUCUCUCCUUUUCUAUGAAUGAAAAACACAAAAAUGAAACAAAAUUGACUCUAAGCGAUUUAAGAGAAACAGAGAGAGAGCCCCCCCACUGGAGUGGAAAUAGGCAAAGGCGUGUGUGAGUGAGUGUGUACAAGCAUCUCCGAGGCCGUCUCUCCAGGCGGCGUCAUUCAGUGGAUCUCUACAAGACGAUGCGGAUCGCCAGCGGAGAAACCAGCUCCACAUCCACUCCAGACCAGCUGGAGCUCAGACUGAGCUGUUCCUGUCUGCUCAGGCCGCAUCUAUGGGACUGGGACCCCCCCCUUCCACUCCGACCCCUCCUUACCUGUCCCAAACCCUUAAACCUCAACACAUCCUCCUUUAGCUCGGCUCUCGUCACUUCAAUGCCACUGCCCCCCCCAAAAGAGUUGUUUGGAGCUCCUCUGUUAAUGGAGCAGCAGAGCCAGGAGCAGGUCAUCGCAUCACACUGCAUCUCUGGACUUGUUGGAUCAUUUUGACGCACGUGAAUCACUGUAUGCAUGAGACAACCCUGUUUAUCAUCAACCUCCUCCUACAGAAAAGACGAGAAGAACAGCGGUCUGAUGUGAGAGGAAAGCAUGCGAGGGGGGCAGUGAUUUUAUACCUUCUGUAGGCUUAAAACGCUUCCUCUCCACUAUAGGUAACCCAUAUUGUAUCACCAGUUAUAGCCCAUAACCCAUGACAUGGACCCCACCUGACCCCGCCCUGCUCUUCCUCGCCUCGUUUUGUUUGUGCGUGUGUAAAUAUGUACAGUAAAAAUACACACAGAGUAUGUUUUUGCUUUUAUUUUGAAAGAGACUGAGACGUCUCUUCCUGCUGUGUUGUGUUGUAGACAGAAGCGGAUCUCUGUAGAUAAGAGGGCCCCGCACUGGUUCUUCUGUCUGUGUUUCUAUUUUUCGUCCUCUCCUUUUUUUUCUUCCUCCCUCCGGCUUUUUCCUGUGUGACUGUGACCUCUAUAGCUUUCUCCAUCCACAGCAGAAUGUAAAAGUGUUUUUAUAUUAUCUUAGCACUGGUUUUCAUCCAUCUCUGGGAGAAACACAGACAUCCAGUAAUGACUGAGGAAGUAUUGAUGAAGUUGUUGAUGGUGGCACAUUAGGAGUGUUGUUGGAAGCGGCUGUUGAUGAGUAUUAUUUAGGAACAUUUAAUUAGUUUUAUGUGCCAUUUCCUGAGUGAAAUGGAUGCGACGUGUUUGGUGUAGUUAUAGCCGCUUUUCACUCCUGGGGUUUUUCUUUCUUUGAAAUUUCCCGUCGAUGACGUUAAGAUGUUUUUCCCCUGAUUCUACAUUUGAGCCAAGUGUGCUUGUGUUUUCACGAUGUGGCAGCACAUGAAGUCGCUCAGAUGAAUGCGAGAAUAAGACGUGCAGUUGACGGCCUGACUUGGGCGAGGAAUCUGGAAGCUGUGAUUGAAAUGUGCAUUUUGGGUUUAGCUGUGAUGAUUGAGAUAUUUAGCCUUGUAAAUGAUUAACUAUGCUGUACAGUGCUUGCUGUUUGAGCUUGUGGAGACCAACAGCAUGACAGUUCUAUAAUCAAAUUAAGUUAUUUCUCUGGUAGGCUGUUUGUGAGACCAUCACGGGAAACGAGCAUGUCACUGAAAAACUUUUUGCCUCAUUGCCUAUUUGCUGUUGUCUAAAUGGGUUUGUGUACCACAGACUGUCAGCAGAGUUGGGACAAUUCAUGGCAGGAAGUCGCAGGGUUUAAAAACGACUGAGAACAGAUUUUCUUUUGUGCUGAUGUCAUGCCAGUGUAGCUAUUUAAAGGGACAGUUCACCCCCAAAUCAAAAACAAAUUUUUCCUCUCACAUGUAGUGCUGUUGAUCAGUCUAGAUUGUUUUGGUGUGAGUUGUCGAGUGUUGAAGAUAUCAACCUUCUCUCCAAUAUAAUGGAACCAGAUGACACUCAGCUUGUGGUGCUCAAAGCGCCAAAAAAUACAUUUGAAAAACUCAACAGCAAUGUCUCGUCCCAGAAAUCAUGACCUGGUUACUCAAGAUAAUCCACAGACCUUUCAGUUUCAUGUAGGAACUAUUUUCUUAUCACCGCAUAGAAGGAGGUGUGCAUCUACUCAUGAACGAGAGGCUCGUUCUCGUGACAGCAUGAGAUGCAAACAAUGCUAUCCUCCUAAGCUGAGCUGUUAUGUUUGCUAGCUCAUUGGUGCUAUGUGAGCUAGCAGUAGAUGCACACUUCCUUCUGUGUAGUGAUACAGUUGGGAGGUGUAGCUAGGUAGUAAGAAAAUAGUUCCCACAUGAAACUGCUCACAACAAUGUCUGAUUUCUGGAGAGAGACAUUGCUGUUGAGAAGGGCUGCCCCCCUAAAGUUGGAGAUUCGAAACAUCUGUCAGAGACCCCUCAUUCAGCAGAGAUUAAUUUAAGUCCAGCAUAUUUUCACACAGUGUCUGGCUUUUCUUUGGUAUCUAGUUUGGGCAAAAAUAUCGCACAUUUCUGAUCCAAUGUUAGCGUAGUUGUUUACUAUAUUACGUGAAUAUCACUGUCACCCUGAACAUCCCACUGAACCCUGUUUCAACUCUCAAACUCUAUAUGUAAAAAAAAAAAAAAAAAAAGGAA